GAUGAUGGAGAAGUACAGAGAAACGCUUGGUCUGCUGGUUGGCUUGUUCUCUUUAGUUGCUGGGAUCGAUAGAAGCCACUUUCCUCCUGACUUUCUCUUUGGAACAGCCACUUCCUAUUAUCAGGAAAAAUAAAGGAUGGGAGUAAUGGGGACAUUGCUGACGACCACUAUCAUCGAUUCAAGGAUGACAUCAACUUAAUGCACUCUCUUGGGGUGAACUCCUACAGAUUUUCCAUAUCAUGGUCAAGAAUUUUACCCAGAGGUAGGUUUGGAGAGGUCAAUUCAGAAGGAAUCUCAUUUUACAAUAACCUUAUUGAUGCCUUAAUACUUAAAGAAAUACAACCAUUUGUUACAAUAAACCAUUAUGAUCUUCCUCAAGAACUUGAAGAUAGAUAUGGUGCAUGGCUGAAUUCUCAGAUACAAGAAGAUUUUGGAUAUUUUGCUGAAAUAUGCUUCAGAGAAUUUGGCGACAAAGUGAAAUAUUGGAGCACAUUUAAUGAGCCAAAUGUCAUGGUUUCCAAAGGAUAUAUUGAGGGUACAUAUCCGCCUGGGCGUUGUUCUGAGCCUUAUGGCCAUUGUUCAUCAGGAGAUUCUGACAAGGAGCCAUUUAUUGCUACUCAUAAUGUGAUAUUGUCACAUGCUGUUGCUGUUGAUAUUUACAGAAAGAAAUAUCAGGAGAAACAAGGUGGUUCUAUUGGAAUUGUGAUGUCAGCUACUUGGUAUGAACCUUAUGAGGAUACUCCAGUCCACCGAAUAGCAGCUGCCAGAGCUAGUGCUUUUGAAAUUGGAUGGUUUCUUGAUCCCAUGAUUUAUGGUUCUUAUCCUCCUGAAAUGACCCAAAUCUUAGGAUCAGUAUUGCCAACAUUUUCAUCCAGUGAUAAGAAGAAAUUAAAUAACAGCUUGGAUUUCAUUGGAAUCAACCACUACACCUCCAUGUUUGCAAAGGAUUGCUUGUUUUCAGUAUGUAAUCUUGGCCCUUUUACCAGCAAUGGGUCUCUGCUUCGUAUUGGGUACAGCAAUGGAGUUCCUGUUGGACCAACGACGGAUAUGCCAGAUUUUUAUGUGACUCCAAAAGGCAUGGAAAAGAUUGUUUUGUAUGUAAUGGAAAGAUACAAAAACUUGCCUAUGAUUAUCACUGAGAAUGGUUAUGCACAAAAGAGUGAUAGCAAGUUAUCAAUUGAGGACUUCAUCAAUGACGAAGAAAGAGUAGAAUUUUUUAGCAGCUACCUUACUUCACUCUCUAAAGCUAUUAGGAAAGGAGCUGAUGUAAGAGGCUACUUUAUAUGGUCACUUAUUGAUAACUUUGAAUGGUUGUUUGGGUACUCGGAAAGAUUUGGCCUCUUUCAUGUUGAUUAUGACACACAGCAGAGAACUCCAAAGCUAUCUGCCAAAUGGUACAAGGAAUUUCUUGAUGGCCCCAAGAUCAAAACAACUGUAUCUAAUAUGUUAAAAACAAGCAGAUUAGCAAACUAAUCUAAUCAAGUUAUCAUGUAAAUACUUUGUUGGGGCUACUGAAUUGUAUCUUGCUUGGUAUUGUGCAGUAAAAUGUUUGAAUAAUUUGUAUAUUGUUAUAUCAACUUUGUGUAAUUAUGUAAUUAAGUAAAUCAACUAUUUGUCAUUGAUCAUAUAAUGUUUAUAUUUAUGGAAA